AUGUCGGACGAUACGCAUUUCUUCGCCCUCCUGACGGGCUCCAACAGCGGCCUCGGGCUCUCAAUCGCCCACCGCAUCCUCGACGAGUUCCUGACCACGCACCCGCCCACGCACCACCUCACACUAAUCCUCACCACCCGCUCCGCCUCCAAAGGCGCCGCCACACUCACCACCCUCACAAAGCACCUCGUCCACAACCUGCCCCCGACCGCCACCUCCCGCAUCACCCUAACACACUACCAAGUCGACCUCACCAACCUCCUCUCCAUCAACGCGCUCGCCACGGCCCUCUCGCGCAACUACACCAAGCUCGACUACGCCUUCCUCAACGCCGGCAUGGGCGCCUUCACCGGCAUCGACUGGCUCAACGCCACCACCAGCAUGCUGACAAACUGGGUCCACGCCGUCACCUGCCCGACCUUCAAGCUGCAGGCCACGGGCUGGACCACAACGCAGCCCGCGCCCCUCGAGGGCGAGCUGGGCAGCGUCUUCUGCGCCAACGUCUUUGGCCACUACUACCUCACGGCCGAGCUCAUGCCGCUGCUCGGCCGCGGCCAGGGCCGCAUCAUCUGGACCAGCUCGCUCGAGGCCUACCCGUGGACGUUCGACGCCGCCGACAUCCAGGCGCUCAAGGCCACGCACUCGUACGAGAGCACGCGGCGGCUGACGGACGUUCUCGCGCUGACGGCGGGGCUGCCGGCGACGGCGCCGUAUGCCGAUAAGUUCUUUGGCGGCGUGGGGAAGGGGGGGAGGAGGCCGAAGACGUAUCUGACGCACCCGGGGGUGUGUGCGACUGCCAUUGUGCCGUUGAAUAUUGUGUUGUGGUGGUGCAUGGUUGCGGCGUUCUAUGUUGCGCGGUGGCUGGGGUCGCCGUGGCACACGAUUAGUAGCUAUUCGGGGGCGCGGGCGGCGGUGUGGUUGGCGCUGGCGGGGGAGGAGGAGUUGGAGGAGAGGGGCGCGGAUAAGGUGAAGUGGGGGAGCAGUGUUGUGACGGGGGGGAAGGAGGGUGUUAAGGCGACGGAGGUGGAGGGGGAGGGCGGCGUGGAGUGGGAGGAGCUGGGGAGGGAGUGUUGGAGGUUGAUGGAGGAGUUGAGGGAGGAGUGGAAGGGGAAAUUGAAAGAGGUGGGGAGGUAG